AUGUACAAGGAGCAGUGCAAAAACGUUUACAGCGCCCAGACGGGGAAGGAUGCGGAGUUCAUGCUUGGCUUGGUGACUCAUGCAUUAAAGGGAGCAGUCUCAUGUACACAAUGUGUUGGGACCGAGUCAGAGGUUGAUACUGGAGAAUGUUCAGAGUGCUCUGGAGAACGCAAAUGUGUUAAUGCGUCCCAGCCCCAAUGUGUCCCAGCCCCAAUGUGUCCCAGUGUUAAUGUAUCCCAAUGUGUGUCCCAGUCCCAAUGUGUCCGUCUUAAUGUGUUCCAGUCCCAUUGUGUCCCAGUGUUAAUGUGUCCCAGUCCCAGUCCCAGUGUUAAUGUGUCCCAGUCCCAAUGUGUCCCAGUCUUAAUGUGUCCCAAUCCAAUGUGUCCCAAUCCCAAUGCACCCCCAGUCCCAAUGUGUCCCAGUCUAAUGUGUCUCAGCCCCAAUGUGUCCCAGUCCAAAUGUGUCCCAGUCCCAAUGUGUCCCAGUCUUAAUGUGUCCCAGUCCCAAUGUGUUCCAGUCUUAAUGUGUUCCAGUCUUAAUGUGUCCCAGUCCCAAUGCGUCCCAGUCCAAAUUUGUCCCAGUCCCAAUGUGUCCCGGUCUUAA